AUGGAUUCUGGACGAAAAGCAAUGAUGGCUGGUCGCGACGCGCCUGCGAGAGACAUCACGGCACCACGGCGAGAUCAGUCCGCGCGUGUAUCGAAACCAUCGCGACCACCAGGAAAUCGGCCAGCAGACAACCGUUCUCGAAACAAUCAAAGCUCCCUCGAAGAUGAACAGUCGCGCAAGUGGGUUUCGGAGGAGGACAGCUUUGUGCUCAAGCAGGCGAAGAAGAAGGCCGACAUUCGUGUUCGAGAGGGAAGAGCAAAGCCAAUCGACUGGUUAGCAGUCAUCCUACGAGUGAUUGACCCUGAUCGCGACCUACUGGAUGAAGACGAGGAGGAAGUCCAGCACGAUGUGGUUGAUCCCGAGGGCGUUUUCGAGGGUCUCAACGAUGCACAACUGGUCGACUUGGACAAAGACAUCGCAUCAUACCUGGCGUUGGAGAAAAAUAAGAAGAAUCUGGACUACUGGAAGACUAUGCAAAUCAUCUGCAAUGAUCGCCGCCAGAAGUUGAAACCCCUCGGUCCGGAGGAGCGUGCCGUUGGAUCUGUUGCCUCAGACGUGGACAAGCUAUUGGGUCCCAAGACUUAUGAACAAUUAGAAUCUUUGGAGAUUCAAAUCAGAGCCAAAUUACGGUCAAAUGAACCCAUCGACGUGGAUUACUGGGAGCAAUUAUUGCGAAGCCUGCUGAUUUGGAAAGCAAAGGCGAAGCUCAAAAAGGUCUACCAAUCGGUAAUCGAUAGCCGCUUGGAGACACUACGGAGAGAACAGCAAGACGAUGCCGAAGGAGUGCGGUCGAAAAUGCAAGAUUUACUAGGCGAUCCCAUCCCGGUCCUUGAAGAAAGUGCAGAGAACCCGACCGCAGGUGCGGAUGUCUCACAAAUUGUCCGACGACAAUCCACUUUCCAGUACUCGUCAAAAUAUGACCCAGAGCCCCUGUUAAAGCUACAUUCGGAAGACAAGUCGAGCGAAGUCUUAGACGAGUCAGCAUUUUUACAGAGGAUUGCUGCAGAGCGCCGCAAAGUGUUGAAGCUUGGAUACGUUCCAAUGAGACAGGCCAAUAAUGAGAAAGGCGCGAGCUCAGCUAGCAAGACAAUUACUACAUCAACAGUUAAAGUACAUCCUCCUGGAACUCAACGAUUCUCAACAGCUGUAAACGAAGACUUUUCGCAAGCUACCAAGGCAUUGUACGAUCGAGAAGUUGCUCGGGGAGUCGAUGAGGACGAGGAAAUCUUCACGGGAGAGGAAACAGUCGCAACAACUUCGAAGCCACAAUGGGCCGACAAAUACAGACCAAGAAAACCUCGAUACUUCAAUCGUGUGCAGAUGGGUUACGAGUGGAACAAAUACAAUCAAACUCAUUACGACCAUGACAAUCCCCCACCAAAAGUUGUUCAAGGAUACAAGUUCAACAUCUUCUAUCCAGACUUGAUUAACAAAGCCAAGGCUCCGACGUUCAAGAUCUUCAGAGAACAUGGUAGAAAGCGCGGCGAGUCUUUCGCUCCAGCUGGUGAAGAGGAUACUUGUCUGAUUCGAUUUGUUGCGGGACCACCAUAUGAAGAUAUCGCAUUUCGAAUCGUGGAUAGAGAGUGGGAUUACAGCGCGAAGAGGGAUCGUGGUUUCCGAAGCAGUUUCGACAAGGGCAUCCUUCAACUACACUUCCAAUACAAGAAGAUUUACUACAGAAAAUGA